GUUAUGGUGCCCACAAAUAUAUUUUGCUAUCUGGGGUCUAUGCUGGCAUCUUGCAGACAUGAUGAAUCACAGCGUUUCACGGCUGGGCGCACACUCACACUGUACAGUCACAGGUGUUUCUUCCGCAUCUAUGUUUGGUUGUUCAGCGUUGUUGCUGGGCUGCUUGUCCGAUUGGGUGCCAUUGCUCGGAUUCCGAACCCUGUGGAUCCCUUGGUGGGUGAAGCGCAAGUUGCAACACAAGGGACCUGAAGAGACCGUAAAGGACCUUGAGACUAAAGGACGUUGCAGUUUCAACUCAUGCGAUAUUUGUGGUUCGAGAAAUUAACUUCCUCAAAGGGGCAUUCUUGAAAAACGCGCUUGCCAUGGCAGAAGAAUCUGAAAGUUCAAGGGAACGUGCCUUGAGCGCCUUGGCAUUCCUACUUCUUGCGUUUGGCCUGGCUGCGCUGCUACAAACAUGGGGUUUCCUCCGUGUCACACAUGCAACUUCUGCUAGAGUGGUUGCAAGAAGCGAAAACACAUUUGGCAUACUGCAGCACAGUCAUCAAACCCCUCAUGGUCCUUUUGCGGUUGACAAUCACCAGGGUACAAGUUUGCCCUUAGAAAGACACAGAGAAGUGCCAAGUCCAAGUAGUGAUGAGAUUGCAAAGAUGCUGCAAGAGACCAAAGCAGCAAACAAACAAGUCCAAAGCGGCUAUGGAUCAAUUCUCGAAGCACUUAAAACGCUGCAGCAACAGACCUCUUACGCGAAACCCGAGAAGUGUGACUCUCCGCGGAAGCUAGUCUUGGAUAGAUGCAUUUGCCCGGCAGGGUCGAAGUGGGACGGCAGCACUUGUGCUCAGAGUCUUGAUGAAAUGUCCUUUUACAUGUACAGAGCACAAAAUGAUCACAAUUAUGUCAUGGGCAAUGUCGACAUGGCAGACUUGGCUGGUGUCAUGUACUACCUACACCACGAAAUUGUGAAAAUCAAUGCGACGCCUGGGGUCAGAAUGAACGGAAUCACGAGGAUUCUUAGAUUCUUGGUCACUGUGCGGCCUUCCAACCAGCUUGUCAGGCAAAUGAAAGCGUUUAUGCCCUUCGUGGCAUUUGAUCUCGGCAAAUGUUCUGUGCCUGGCUGCAACAAACUUUGGGAUCACUAUGGCUUUGCAGUUGGAUGCCAAAAGCAAGGCGCAUCUACAGGCUUUGCCUAUACGUCUUCAAACGAUCCUUCUGGUGCGUGGUUUUCUUUGCCUGCGGCCUGUCCGGCUUUACCGAUUGGAAAAAAGGACGAGGCAUGUAUGACGCAGUAUCCUGGCGGCAGGUGUGAUGAUUUGUCAGUAUCAUCCUCCUGCACUUACAGCACCGAUUUUGCCGGCGAGGUUUUCUUAGACGAUCUUGCAGGGAUCAACAACUAUGCAAAAUGGCAGAGAGAAGGACAUUUGGAGUAUGACCCACUGAAAGACAAAGGUGUUGGGACAUCGUUUUGGAACUUCCGAGGGAGCACCGCAUGGUGUGAAAGGCGCAUGCAGCGCGUCCGAAGCUUGUUCAAAGAGCGUUAUCCUUUACUUCCAGAAGACCUUCCUGCUCCGGCAUGCUUUUGAACACAUUUCAUUUCAUGAUUACUUAUACAAUGUUUCACCAUUGCUUGGACGCCAAUCGGCGGCAAGGGGAGACAUCAGUGCACAGGAAACCAGCUGAACUUCUGAAAUUGAAGCAGUUUCUUUAACUUGGGGCCCGGGGUCUGGUGGGUUGUUGACACGGAGCUUAAGAGUGCAAAUAAUGCAUAUCUUUGUGCAAGUGCCAGGCGCAAGCAUUGCUUUGUUCCAUUUUUGUGCUUGUGUGUUUGCAUGAAGAUUUUGGGGCGGCUGCUCACAACAUUCUUGUUUUGACCUGAUGAAUUACGCAGAAAACGACAUGUGAGUAGUCAAGACUGUGAAUUGAACUGCUCAGACAUGUCAUGGACUGGUCCUUUGACAUCACUCAAAGCAGUAGCAGGAUGAUGCCCCAUCAAGAGAAAGUAGACUUUGGCUGUGUGCGAUUAAAACUUGAAGCCUGCCUGCCAGCGGCACCAUACUUACGGCAUCAUUCUGCAUAAGAGCACGG